CAACUAUGGAAUAUUCUUUGAUUAUCAUUGCAAUUAGUAGGAAUUACUUGUGUUCACGUGGAUAAAAAAAGUCGAUAGUCGAUAAAUUAAAACAUGAAUAGCAUCGGAGAAGCUUGUAAUGAUCUAAAGAAAGAAUACGAUGCUUGCUUUAAUAUGUGGUUUUCAGACCACUUUUUGAAAGGAAACACCGACGAGUCCAUGUGCGCACCGUUAUUUAAAGUCUACCAACAAUGCGUAAAAAAAGCCAUGAAGGAGCAAAAAAUCGACCUGCAAGAAGUCAGCAAGGACAUUCUGGGAGGAAAGCACGAAAAGAAAGUGGAAAAUUCCUAAUCUCACUAUCGAACGUCAAACAUUAACAAGUUUUUCAACAAUAAAAAAAGCUCACGUUUCGAAGAAACAGCACCACCGCAACAUUGAACCGUUGCUCUACAAAGUUCACUAUGUGCAAAACAACCUACACGAAACAAUGAGCAAUUAGCAAGAUCGGAGAUCUGCCGUAACGGAUUUAGUAGGAACAGAGUUAGAUGUGUUUAAUAUUUUUAAGCACCUCAAUAAAAU